CUACCACCUCUCCUCUAUUUCACUUGUAAACAAAAGAAAUAGCAACGGUUUUGAGCGGCAUCGUCGAGUUUCUCUCUUGUCAGUUGUCCCAAUUGUUCGAACGAUUUGGAAUUUUCAAUAUUGUGUUCAAACAUUUCUAAGGGCUAUCAUGUUAGACAUCGAUACGCAGAGUUUUUUGCAAGUCUUGAUGACAAAAGGAGUCAUGAGUCAGGAGGAUGUUGCUCGAGAAAUAGUUUUUAUCUUUGGAGAUAAUAUUGUAGAAGGACAGAUUCAAAUGAUCAAUGAAAAAAUUGCACCAUACAACUUCGUUAUCAAAUCUGCAAAUUGCGAGCUCAGCGGAAUGAAAUACUGGAUAUUCACGGCUAAUGUCAUGGAUAAAGUAAUGAAUUAUCCGGGACGGUUCACUCGUGUGCAGCUUGAGUACGUUAGGAAGGUUUUCAGUGAGAUUAUUAAUUCCGAGGAGGGAUACAUCUCCACUAUAACCUGCAUCAAUGUAAGAUCACAGAUGACUGGGCAACUUUCAGCGACUGAAGCUGAAUCUACUCUUACGAUGAUGAUCGAUCAGAUGUGGGUGCAUCAACAGGGUGACAACGUUUAUAUGGGUGUCAGAAGUGUUGGAGAGUUGAUGCCGUAUUUUAGAGAGUCUUAUGCAGAUGGUCUUAACGCUUGCCUCAUGUGCAGGAACACAAUAUUUCACGGAUACAGAUGUGAAAAUUGUCAAGGUGUGUCUCACUUAUACUGUAUUGCAAAGGCAGUCAAAUAUCAGAAAAAUCUUAAAUGCCUAGGGUGUGCGGCUCCUGUUCGAGCGCAAAAUCUUCCAGAAAUUCAUGAGGACGAUUCAAUGGAUUUAGACGAGGACGAUGUAUCUUCUGUCAGAAAUCCUAAAACAUCAAAAGCCCGUAAAUCUCAGAGAAGAAGAUAAACAUUAUUAAAAAACAAUAAACUCAAUCAAACACUGGCUUCGAUCAAAUUUUAUAUCAUCGUUCAAGUUAAACAAUAAAUAAUUUAAU